CAAUAAAGUUAUUUCUUCUGAGACCUGGAACUUCGACACUGAGAGCUUCCUUUGAGACCUGAACCAGAAAGACUUUGAAUUUGCUUCAACAAUUCAUUCCCAGGAUAACCAUGGAAAAGCUGACACUUCUGCUUCUUCUCAUGACCUUCUCUCAGGGGGACGCAGCAGCUGAUGGCUGUCCCACUGGAUGGUCAGCAUUUGGACUGAAAUGUGUCAAAUUCUUCUCAACACCACUUGACUGGAUGGCAUCAGAGAAGUACUGUCAAACUUUUGGUGGGAAUCUCGUAUCGGUGCACAGUAGAUCUGAAAACGAUCUUCUGCUGAACAUGGUGCCUGGUGCGACACGAACUUGGAUUGGUGGUCAUGAUGCUGUAAAAGAAGGACAGUGGAUGUGGACUGAUGGAUCUGUGUUUGAUUACAACUACUGGUGCACUGGACAACCUGACAAUUAUAACAAUUAUAAUGAGAUCGCUCUGGAAAUAAACUUUGGUAUGAAUAUAACAGAUUUCUUCAAACUAUUUAAAUAUAAAGUUAAUUGCAUUAAUAAAAGUGUCUUUGAUUCUGAAAAAAAUAUUGUUUAUUUUAUCCUAGAUAACCACUGCUGGAAUGACGAUGGCAAAGCAGCCAAACAUGCUUUUAUCUGUGCUAGAAGUCUUUAUUAA